AUGGCUCUCUCCGCGGUAGCUUUGGUUGUGAUGGCGUUCGGCGUUGUACACGCCCAAGCGCCUUCUAUGUACGUCCCAACCAUCACUUCCGAACCCCUAGAAGGCAAGAUCACCAGCUCCACUUUUGUUCUAGACCAACCCCGCUGCGUUUUCAACAAUGUCGUCGGCGACACGGAUCUGGUAUGGCUGGUGGUUGCCCACAGCAGUGCAGAGGACAAGGUCUCCAAGACCCCUUCUCCAGCGCAAUUGCCAUACCAGGAGUUUAAGAAGAAUUCCGCUUAUAUGACUUUGAGCACAGCCGUCACGAACUACCCCUGCCCGGAGGCGGGGCAAGAAAACAACGCGAUCUCUGUCCUGCGUGUGGGGAAUGAGACCGGGUGCAUUUCAGACGUUUCAAGGCCGGACUGCAAUGGCCCCCUCCCAGGGCCCGGGCCCUACAGUGUCAAGUUCGUGGCCAUGAAUUCCAACGUUGUCACAGCUGAAUCAAAAUGGUCGGAACCUAUUACGCUGAUCCAAGGGAAGAACCCCAAUACCAUUGACACGGAACCCCGACAGCGAAGCGCCAGCAUGAUUGCUAUAACCUCCAUUCUCUCCAUCCUCUUUGCCAUCCUCCUGGCUGCCCUCAUUGCCGCCUUGAUCUAUAAAUAUUCCAACAUCUGCGAUGGAGCCGAUAUCAAGCGCGUGCAGGACUCGGCCACAAUGACACGCUAUACCACACACCAUAUAUAUGACCAGCCUGCGCACAAGUUGUGA